ACACAGGACGGGACGCUACCCCAUUUAAACGAUUUUCUCCUAUUAAUUGCCUGAUUAAAUUAGCUUUAAUGAAAUUAUUAGCAUCAUAUUCAGCAUGUGAUGUAGUCAAUACUCCCAAAACUCCUAAUUUUUUUGUUUCUUACCAGUUCUAUUCCCCAGCCUAUUCGGAAAAGCAGUGGGAUGCGAAUGGAGUCUCAAUACCUGAGGAGAUGCCUGGGAAGUUGCUUGAAAAAGGGUCUGGCAGAGGUUGUGGAGCAUCAGCCUGCAGACCCCAUAGAGUACCUGGCACACUGGAUUUACAACUACAAGAGAACUCUAGAUGAAGAACAAAAGAGAACGUUGGAAAGGAUUGAACUGGAAAAAGAACAGCAGGCAGCCCUGGAAGAACUUGAAAUGUUAAGAAAAAUGAAGGAAGAAGAACUGAUGUUACAGCAGAGAUUUGAAGAACAACGGCAGGAACAAGAACGUGAGAAGUUGAAGCUGCAGAACGAAGAAGAGAAAAUGCAGCUGCAGCAGCAGGAUCCCGAGGAAAAUGAAAAGACGAUAGCUGAACUUACAGAUAGAGCAGGAGCACCUAAUUUGUCCAGAGUUGAGGAACUAGAUGAGAAUGGACUGCCUGAGAUUGCAACCGAUUUAAUGCCAGAGAUCGAACAAGAAAGUUCCAUCUGAUCUAAAAGCAGUAAAAACUAUUUCUACUCAUUACUUGCUAGCCCUGAAGGUCUAUGUCUUAAUUAGUGUACUUUGUAUAGAAAACUCAUUAUGUAUAUACACCUGUUGUUUUGGUUUCUUUGUUUUCUGGGUGUUCCCAUAAUGCCUGUUAAUUUUGGCCUGCCAUGCUUCCUUCCUGUUCUUAAACUACAGUAGCUAGCACAGCUGACUUGGACAAAGAAAACUGGAACCGGGAUAAAAGUAAUAAAUACAUUUUUCACUGAUUACCUGUUGAUUCUUGAAGUGUUAAAAAAAAUUAAUAUAGAUGUAGAUUUUGUGUAUCAAGAUUUUGCAGUAGGGGCUACAGUAUCAUCAUUUGAAUAUAUAGUAAAAAAAAAAAA